UUACGUUACGUUGUGCGCGGCACUUCCGGUGCGUCUCGCGCGGAGGGGGCGUCGUCGUCGCAGCAUCCACGGACGUUAAGAAGACGGCGACAAUGGCCGAUAUUUCUCUGUAUCUGACAAACGUCAGCGUGUCCCUCGGACAGAACAUGGCGGUGGAGCAGAAUCCAGCUAAGGACUUUGAGAGCGUGGAGCUGGGGGAGAUGGACGGGCGGGGGGAGCGGCAGCGCAGGGAGAAGGCUCCUCGUCGGAUCAUCCAUUUCUCCAGCGGGGAGACAAUGGAGGAGUACAGCACGGACGAGGAGGACGGGGAAGACAAGGAGCCGGAGAGGAAGGACCUGCUGUCGUCCCCGGCCGAUGCGGUGAGGUCAAAAAUGACCUGGGGGCCGUACUUCUGGUUCCACAUGUGGAGAGCGGCCACAUCCACCAUCUCAGCCUGUGACUACCUGGGGGAGAGGAUGGCCUCGCUCUUUGGCAUCACAUCGGCGAAGUACCAGUACGCCAUAGACGAAUACUACCGGAUAAAGAAAGAGGCCACUGUGCGGUCACACGCCCCGUCCACUCGCUCCACAAUGUCCCCACUCUGUGGUCAGAGUGGAUUCCUGUGGUCCCGCUGACGUGCCCAGCGGGGGCGGGGGAUGAUUGCUGCGCUAUGGGCAGACGUAAGGAAUGAGAAAUGCAGAGCUGCGCAUCACGAAGGCCGUUUUAAGGCCGGGUAUGUUUGCUAACGCACCCCCAAGCUCACGUGGUUGAGAACCGCUACAUGAGCGUUUUAGGAGUUAAUGACAGACUCUGACUUGGCAUGUGGGGCAGUGAAUCUACAGCACACGACAGGAAUGCUUCUGUAAGACCUACUACUUAGACUGGAAGCGAUAUAUGUGGACAGUGUGUUUUAAGGACACCCUAGACUGUAUGAAGGCAGAAUCUGCUGGUGCCUCAUGCCUGAUCCAAUAGCUUGAUAUAUUUUCAAGCUAUGGUGCCACAUGGGUUUGGAGGUGCCAUGAUGAGACGGCUCACUGUGGAGUCACUCUAAUCCACACAAGGCAACCUCACAUCAUCCCCUGCAGGCUCUGCAGCACACAGUCCUGAUUGUCAUGCUGCAUAGGUCCAAGGGCAGGGGUUUAUAUUAUAUACAUUUCAUAGUAGCUUAGUAGCAGUUUUCUAGUGACUUCCUAUUAUGUUAUUUAUCUAAUCAAAUAAGACAAAUACCUUCUUUCUUAUCUUGGGGCUCAUCCUAUCACGAGUUUUCACAGCAGAUCAUCAUCUUCCACCUGACUAUAUCCUGUUUAAUUAAACCGCAUCACCCACAUCCUUCACUGGCUACAGGUUCUUCAUCUACAUCUUGAGUCAGUUCUGAACUAAGGUGUUUGCAGUUCCUGGUUUCUCCGCUAGGUGGCAGUACUGUAUUUAACAAUAGGCAGACUUACCUUGGGCCAGCAUCCAUCCAGACUAUGUAAACAAACUCAUUCUGAGGUUUGCAGGACACGUUUGAAGAACUGCCUCAACAACAAGAGCAUAAAGAACAUUGUUAAUUACAGAUACUAGAAAAUAGAUGAAUAACCGGCUUUGAGAGUGUUGUGGGACUUUGUCCUUUCCUUCAGGGAGCUAUGAGACACGCAGCAGUCAUCAGUGAUUAAGAGGGAAAAUCCAGGGUUGAGAGUUCACACUGCUGAUCCUUGUGACUUGAUGUCUACUGGUGCCUGUGUGGCCUUGAGCUUAUGCUCAAGGGUCUGUCCCAAAGCCGUCUGCUUCACCUUCACCUCCCCCCACCCCCGACUGUGUCCACGCGCUGGGCCUCGCUUCAGGCAUAUCUGACAUUUUUGUGGCGUUUGAGUGGGGGAGAGGAGGUGCUGAGUGCGUUUCCACUUCUGAUUUACCCAAAGGUGGUCCGCAAGCCUGACCGCAAGGCCUAAAAUGUAUCACACCUCACAUGACUGCCAUGUGUGCUGAUGCAGCAGCUCUGGGACUAAUCAAGGCGCACAUGCAGCUCAGUCACACACACAAUGGUGUUAAAAAUAGUCAAUACACACAGCUGCAGUCGAUGUAAUGCAGUGCAGAUCAGUCAUUACAUCCUGGUAGGUCAGAGGCCUACAGAGCAGCCUCCCAUGGGUGAAAGCCACUUGUAACCUAUAUGGAAACAGACACGGAGGUGAGGAAGCAGACACACAGAGGGACAGUGAGACAUAAAGAGAGACAGAAGAAGGAGGAUGAUGAGAGCAGCAGCAGCGCUUUUGAUGUGGGCCUCCGCGGGGCCCCGCGAGCCGAAGACGAGGCAGGCCUGCCGAGGGAAGGGGAUUUCCAGCGCCGCUCGGCCUCCUGUCUCACCCCCUGAGCCCGCGCCUCUUCCGUGGGCUGCAGCUCCAAAACACAGCGGAGUCCUGCAAGAAAGCCGCCGCGGCACCGACGGUUCUGAGGCGCGUAGCUUGACCCGAUAACCUGCACACGCCUUUGGGUGUAGAGGGAUGCGGCAGGUCAGAGAGUGUGGGCUGCCCCGCUGUGGGGCAAUAGGUUUAGGCCUGUGUGACAGCUACAAGCAUGCUCACGUAUUGAGUCAUUAACACUGGUCGUGGCAUUCAGCUGCGUUUAGGUUUGCAAGCUAGCAGCCACAACAUUAUAAUGCUACGCGCCGCUCUGACAGGGACAACGUGGAUGUGCUAGACUGUGACCUCUGCUUAUUUACCCUGUGCCACGAAGCGUUGUCUCGCCCCUCAGUUCGCGCCGCUCUCGCUCGCCAGAUCGUGCGUCUGCGCGCGGUGGCCUUUACACACCCAGGCGCACACGCACACGCCCAAAUGCAGAAACGUUCACUCGACUGUCACAAACGCACACACACACACACACACACACAUAUAUACACACCAGGGUUGUGGAAAGUCCCUGGCACAACCUGCCUCCUGUCUCAGCUGCAACUCUGCUAAUACAGGUGGCUGCUUCACUGACAGCAGCGCUAAGACAACAUGACCUGUGGACCUUUACCAUCUGCUCAUGCACAAGUGGGAAUGGAAGGAGAACAGGUUGAUUAAAUGUAGGGAUUUUAGAGUUUGCAAUUAGCAUCACGUACCAGAUAAAUGUUACUGGAAAACGGGUUCACUUCAGAAUUUCACUUCAGAUUUUGAGUAAAUGAAACAAUUCUGAUUUAAAUCAGCAAUUUUUAUUAUUAUUUAUUGGCCCACUCCACAGAUGCACAUUGAAUAUGUCCUUUAUAACCUUAAUAUUAUGUAAUUCAUGCAUGUUUAUACAGAUGUGUUCAUCUGAAUAAAUCAUACAAAUGACAAUAAAAAAAUGAAAUCCAGGUCUAUCUUAAGAAUGCGUUGUCCUCCAAGUACUUGGAACUCAUGAGUCAGUUCCUCGAUUGAUAGAAGCAUGUGACAGCGUCUCGUCCUUAUCAGCGCUUUCGCUGUGAUUGCCGGACACGUUACGAUUCGAGCUUCCCUCAGUUAUCACCCAGCGUGUCCGUGAUCGCAAUCUCACCAGCGUCGCACCUCUUUGGCUUCUGGACACCAGUCGCUGACGAUGGGUGUCAGCGUUUUGCGUGAAGUCCCAGCGCAGAGGCGCAAAAAGAGCCUCGGACGCAACUAAUCACCUCAAAUAACGCAAAACUGCUACAAAGAGGCACAAAACGACCACAAACCCCUAAUAAUGCAUGAUGGGAGCGCCACGCGUGACUAAUACCUGUAAGUACCAUGGCCUUAAGCCUGAUUCCUUCAUACUGAUAAUUUUAGCCUCUUGACUCUGAAUAACCCUGACUGGUCAGUGGGUGUUGUGUGUGGAUGGGCGGAGGCCUGCUCCUGUUUUCUGAGCGGCUUAUGUAACCGCUGGUCAGAGCGCGACGGUAGUGAAACAGGCCUCUGCAGAAUAAUGUUCCUGUCUGGGUGGAGUGCGGCGCUGCAAGGGCCGGCGAGGGCCAAAAGUAUACUUAGGUACUUUCCAGUAUCUGUCACAUAUGAUGUGUGAUCUCACAUACGGCGAAUGAUGCUAACAGGGCUUGGAAACACAGAAGCUGUGAAUGCAUCAGCUCCGCUCUGAGUCAGUGACAAAUGGCUGGUGGUUGAACAGCCCAACGAACAACCCAGUUGCUACAAUGCUCUGACUUACUUUUAUCAAAAAGAAACUGGCAACGCCUGAUUGAACAGUAACUUCAGCAUCAUUGUUUGCUGUAAUUUAAUAAAUAUGACUCCAUAACCUUUUGGACUAUAACUUCUUAGAUCCUUCACAAUGUGCACAGCUAUUAGCUGCUAAUGUUGUUCCAUAGAAAAUAUCUGCCAGUUGGAAACGCUCCUCGUUAGAGCAAUAAAAUUAUAUCAAGCCGUCAAAUAUAAAAGAUGCUUGAAGUGUUUUUAGAGGGGAAAGAAAUGAUAAAGUCAAGGUCAGUAUACAGUAAGAUAUGAGUUACGAUGGUGCUAAAGGCCUCUGUUUAAUAAUCUACUGAAGGUCAUCUCACUGGUUUUAGUUUCUAUACUUAGACAGUUGACUGAUGUUGAAACGAGAACCCAAACCUUGAUAUUAAUAGUGUGACCUGUUGUCUUGCCUUUGUCUGACGCCCGUGUCACUAGUCAAGAAUGUGAACAUUCGUGCGAGGGAAACGGCCGCGCUUCAUUCCAGCCCGUCUACUGUACAUCAACCCGACGAGCCCGAGAGGUGCGACAGAGCAACGCAGGCGGAGGUCAAGGUGAUGGCGGCCCACGCCCUGUGAUCCCUGUGAGGCGCCGGCGGGGCCUCGCUGUUACACAACGGCCUCGUCGCUUCACGGGAGCAUGUAAAGAAUGCUGAAGUGCACCUCGGAUCAUCUUGUCAGGACUUCUCCGCCGCGAAACACGUCCAAGGAAAUCUCCCCACAUCCUGGAGGAGAGGAAACUCCCUACUUUUGUUGUGGCCGGCCCACGCUGCAAAACAAUGGGUAUUUUUAGCCCCUUUAUAUAAAAAGCUCUUGCCAGCAGUGCAAAUUGCUAUUUACGUUUGGAGCCUUUGUCGCCCGUGUGCUCACUUGAUACAACACUCGGCUGAAAGCUUUACAUUUUUUCCUUUGUCAUAAUAGGAACAUAUGCGGUGAGGUGCAUUCAAACCCCCUGAACCAAACCCAACCUGCAGCUAACUGCUUGUUAUGUCUGUGCCUCAUACGCCAUACUGUAUAUUUACAGAGAAGCAGCCGUCUCUUUUAUCUUCCCUUUAAAUUUCCUCAACACAAAAGGCUCCCACGCCUCCUGGAUUCGCCACCAGACCGGCCUGUUUGUCUGUCUGUGGGGAGAACGGCUCGUGACACACACAGGGAAACAUGAGAGGAGGCCCAGAAGGAGGGAGUGGAGCGGCUCAUUGUCCCAGGUUGUGGAUUCAGCAGGACGCCGUAUGUGGGAUGCGGAGCAAGGGAGGAAUUCCCCCAACGAGCGCAAACAAUUGCAGAUGUGCGCGUGGCCGUCUGCUACUGCACACAUCUGGGCCCCCAACGCCCCCCGUCCUCAUCUCUAUAACACUGCCCUCCGCUCUACCCUGGAAAAGCAAUUAGGCGGAACACGUGGUGCAGGGGAAGCGACUUCUCGCCAGCCGGGCAGCGGAUCCGCGGCAGAAUGAGGCCUUUAUCCCGUCGGCGGGGAGGCGAGGUCUGGAGGAGGGGAAGUUCGGGGGAUUUCAGGGGAACAUGCAGCCUGCAAGUAACAGUGCUACUGGAGGUCAGCUGCAGUCCGCACUUCUGCAAAAGCCACAUUUCUGAAUAAGAGCAGCACGCGGGUCACGUGCCCGGCAGCGCAACACAUCCUCGACAGCACGGAGCAUCACCAGGCUUCUGCUAAUGGGCUGUAAUUGUAUUUAAAUAGACCUGAAGAGGCAUCUUCGGAAUGCGUGGCCCGACACACGGGCUUCUCCCAAAGACCGGCUUCAGCCCUCAGUCUAGGCGGAACCUGUUUACGCUUGCGCGGAGGCAGGAGGUUGCUCCGCACUCGCCGGAGAUCCGGCCGCGCGCGCACGCACGCGCAAACGCACGCCGCUGGGAAAUUCCCAGCGAAAAAUUCCACCCCGAGAGUCCUCAGCGAGCGCAUUCCUGCGCUUUUUCAUAACGCUGCGCUGCUGCAGCGCAAGCCGGGGUCGCGCCUCGAGCCUUGCGUUCGCCCUCGAGCGAACAAUAAAUCUUUAUGGAUCUCGAUCGGGUUCCUGGACGCAGACCUGUGUGGGAAUGCGAGAGAGCAUGAGAGAACAAGCAGCGGAGACGGCAUGAGGAAGAGCCAUAAAAAAAAAACCCUGUUCGCAGUAGGUCACUGUCUAUUUUAACAAGGCCCCAUCCACAAAAUAGCUCCAUGACUAAAGAUAAACGGUCCUUGUAUCAUUUUUGGGAACAGUGUUCUCAUUCCAAAUUCCCCCACUAUUCCCUGCAAUGACUUCACAGCUGAAGGUUCGUUUCAAACCCCUGUUUGACUAUCUAACGUAACCAAAUCAGGCCCGUGAGCGCACGCUUUCCGUCUGCGGACAAUGUGGCGGCUCCAUUAACGCAGCAGAAGCACGUGAGACGGGGGAUUUUCGUGGACGUACAAGCACGCGGUCACGUUUGGGUUUCUUGUUUUUCAACCUGCGGUCUUAGAGUCUGUCCGUUUUUGACAUCUUUGCCUGGUGCUACACUGCGUUUGGCAUCGGUGCAGGACGACAGGGUGUUUCCUCCCUCACUGAGCCAGUGGGAGGUCACUAACAUAACUGCUUCAUUAUUAUCAUUAGUGUCAGGAUUUUCAGGUUGUACUUGCAAAUUCAUUCCAGUCUUCAGUUUGCUUUGAUGCUUUUCUUCUAUAAAAAUAAAAGGAAUGCUGAUAUUUACUGAUUAGCCAUUAAAAUCUUUAACAUUGUUGCAUUAGAAAUAAAUGCAAAUGACUGAGGUCUUGUGAAACAGGUGACUCUUGACAAACCAGAAAAUAAGGUCUAGGAGUGCACAUUCAGCAGGUGCUCAGCGGUGCCACUGCUGCAAAGUCAAGGGAUGAUGAGCACAGCAUUUGGAAAAGUCAACUCUUUGCCAAGAUGUUAUUUAUGUUCAUUUCAGGUGUCUUCCUCAUUCGUUGCUUUCACUAUACGUUAGUAUGCAGGCAAAACGAAAGCUGAAGCUCCAAAGCCCGAGGGCACGGAGCGAUGCUGCACCCUCUGCAUGCGUGCAGGUAGACAAGGUCCACAUAAUGACAUAACCUGCAUGGACCGAUACAGUGAUGGAGGCGUGCAAGCGUUGCCGUGGCGACCAGCUGUAAGGGCCUGCCUGAAUUCGUACAGUGCACAGCACCGUAAGAGAAGCUCUGCAGAGCUCUCAGCCUCUAAAUAGUGAGGAAGAAGCAGAGGUUUUGUGCUUCCUGCUGCCCUGUGGCACAGCAGCGUGAGACGCCUUAGCUUCCUCAAGCCGCUCGCUUAAUGAGCAGACUGUGAGAUUCAGGUCGCUCUUCUUGUUUGAACCCCUUUCGAUUCGCUCGGAGUUCCUCCCAGGACAGUUUUGGUAUGUUGGCCGUUUAAUGUAACGACGUGCAUGCGCCUGGAGUUACAGCUCGCUAUCUAAUUGAAUCUGUCCGUCCUGCAGUGCAUAAUGACUGUCUGAAAAAGGUACUGAGCUCAACCACAUGAGCUUUUUUUUAUAUUGAACAUUAGCCCUGCAAAGAACAGGGAGCUAUUUUUAAAUAAAAAAUUCUCGCUGUGUCUUUGAGGGGGAUUUCAUGCAGAGGUUAGACAUUUAAAGACAUUUAUGGUGUGAUACUGUAUGUGGGGUGAAACCACUGACAUCCCCCCUCUAUGCUAAUUCCACUAUUGCCACACACCUGCUCUCAUGUGGUUCGCUCAUAUAGGCCUGCUUAGACGUACUGUUGUAUAAGAUCAGCCAAAUGUUGUGCAGAAAGAAAACAGUGCAGUGGAACAUUCUUAUCAUGCAACAGACCUUAUUCUUACAAAGAUGAUGGAAACAGCAAAGUGCAAGACAACAUUGAGAAGAACUGUGCUCAACAUAUGCUGAUGGGAGGAUUCAAAGGACCAACCUCCACAGGACGAGGAAGGAGGCUGCAAUAAAAACCUGGACGACAUGUUGUUAAUUAAUGUUAAUGUGUGAUGAAAAUCCAAAGCUGUGAACUUGUGUUUUAUUAAAAACAUGAACUGUU